AUGUCAGGCGGCCCAGCCGGCGGCAUGGGCGGGGGAGGAACCAGCAGGGACGGCGCGCAGAUGCACCCCGACAUGGCGUUCGAAUGGGGCUACUCGCCUCGAGCGGUGCACUCACCGUCCCGCUUCAGUCGCGACGAGGAGGCGAACCCUAAUCGGACCAAGAGCAACCUCAGCCAGCAGCGCACGCUCAGUCUCAGCGCAGCGCGACUCAGCCAAGCCGCGGCGGAUCUCGGAUUCCACGUCACCGCUUCCGCCAAUGCACCACCCGCGGCGCAAGCUGGAGCGUUCCCCGGCUUUUCCCCCGCGGCUGCUGCGGCUGCUGCAGCUGCGCUGGCAGCAGGCGGGGAUGCUGGAGGAGGGGGAGGUCUAGGGGGGGGUGUACCUGGGGGAGGUCUCGUUCGGGGCGGGUCGGGACUGGCAGGGUGGUCAGGAGGGGUAGCUGGUGCUGGUGGCCCUGGUCAUCUACAAUCUCUUACAGUGGAUCCGUCUAAAGCGGGGAUAUCUUCUCGCGGAGCAGGGGGGCAUGGCGUGCCGCCCUUGCCGCUGCCGUCUCCUAAAGGGAACGCCGCCGCUGCUGCCGCGGGCAAGCUGGGCAGCCCGAGAGGAAACUUUUCCGGGUCGCGGGCAGGCGCGCUGGGGCAUUGGCCGAGAGCCGGUUUGCCCGCGAGCAUUCAGCAGCAGCUGAUGCUGGGGGCGAUGGGCGGAGGGGCGGGCGGGGGAUCAGCAGCAGGGGGAGGCGCAGCGGGACUCGCAGGGCUGGGGGGAAUGCCGGGCGGUUAUGCUGGCGGUGGAGGCGGCAUGGGGGCGUUGGGGAAUGUAGGGGGAGCGGGAACGGCGGGAAUGGCAGGAAUGGGGGGAAUGGCUGGGCUUGCUGCUUUGAAUAGCAGCAGUGAUGGCAGCGGCAAUGGCGGAGGCAGUGGGAACGGAAUACCCGGUAUGAGUCUGCAGACGCAGUUAAGCCUGCUAGCCGCUCAGCUAGACGGCCGAUUAGACGACAACAACCCCCUCUCGCGGACCAGCAGCGCGCCGCCACUUGGCGCGCUUCUCGCCAGCAUCGGUGACGUGGCAGAGCUGGAGAGGCUGUACCGAUUGCUCCCCGAUGCCAUGUCACCAGACGUCUCCCUGCACGUGGGGCUGACUUUGCCGUACCAGAGCAUAGGGUAUUUAUCGUCAACUGUACCAUCAAUGGCGGCUCUUAUAAGGGAGCGGACGAAGCUCUCCCGCACUAGCAGUUGCCCCCCCCCUGUGGCGGAGGACAUGAGCGGGGGCGCGGGGGGAAGCGGAAUGGAGGAGCGCGCGGGCGAGGGGGAGUCGUCUGAGUCUGAGGGGGAGAGCGGGCAGCGUGGGACGGGCGCGGGGCACAAGAGGAAGAAACGCAGAGCUCCGGGAGGAGUGGGAGCGGGAGCUGACGUGGCUGGAAGGAGCGGCGUAGGCGGCAAGGUACUGGCGCUUCCUUCUCCCCCGGCUCCAAUCCGUCCCCCUUUCCCCCCUCGUGUUCCCCCCACUCACCGCCCGACCCUUCCCCCUCACGCAUCCGCGCGCCACCCUGCCCUCCAAGUGCAGAGGGAGCCGGAGGGCGGGCUGGGGCGCAUCGUGGGGGGCAUGGAGACGGCUCACAAGGCACCACGUAGGGAGCCAGACGACGCGCUGGACGGUGGGGCGCGCCUGGGGGGACGCGGAGGGGGCGGGGUAGGGGGCGGGGGCGCGGGAAGCGGGGGAAGGGGAAGUGCAGGGGCAUGGGGGGGGAGCCCGGGGGGCGGGUACAGCAUGCAGGGCGGGGGGAUGGGGGGGAGCAUGCAGGCGGGGGCGAUGGAAACAUCGAGCCAGGACUACAUUCACGUGCGGGCAAGGCGAGGGCAGGCCACUGACAGCCAUAGCCUUGCCGAGCGGGUGCGGCGGGAGAAGAUCAGCGAUCGAAUGAAAGUGCUGCAGAGCCUUGUUCCCACCUGCACCAAGGCAACAGGCAAAGCAGUGAUGCUGGAUGAGAUCAUCAACUAUGUGCGAUCUCUGCAGCUGCAAGUCGAGCUGCUGUCGGCCAAGCUAGCAGCAAUAGAGCAGGACACUGCAGAGAUGGACGGCUCAGAUUCACCCGCCGACUUUUGUGCGGCCCAGAUGGCAGCACUGGGAGGGCUGCUACUCCCGUCCGCCCCCGCUUCUGCCGCUGCUGCUGGCACGGGGACAGGUGGAGGUGGAAAUGCCACUGCUAUGGGUGGCGGUGCCACUGCUGCUGGUGCUUCGGCUGGUGCUGGUGCUUCUGGUGGUUCUGGUGGUAGUGCUGGUGCGGCUGCUGUGGCUGCUGCUGCGCUUGCAGGUGGAUCGUUCCGGCAGGCAUCUCCGUCCUGCUCCCAGUCUCACGAUUGGUCCACCACUGAUUCGGCCCAUCACAGCACAGCAUCGCCCAUGGCCACACCAUCAGCAUCAGCAUCAGCGUCACUGGGAGCAGCGGCCGCCCUGCACCCGGACAUGGCCUCCCUCCCCACUGACCUCGCCCGCCUCCUCCUCUCCCGCCACCUGCCCAACCUCCCCUUUGCGGGAGCCGCCGGGGGUGCGGGGGGAACAGGAGGGGGAGCGGCUGGCGGGGAGGAGAUGAGGGGAGAUGGCGGGGGAGGAAUGGGGGGAGGCGGGGGAGGAAUGGGGGGAGGCGGAGGAGGAAUGGGGGGAGGCGGAGGGGGAAUGGGGGGAGGCGCGGGGGAGGGGCUGGGGGAGCUGACAAUGGAGCAGCUGCAGGCGCAGCUGGAUGUUAUGAAUGGGGUAGGUGCGGGGGGAGGGGGAGGGGGGGGGAGGGGGAGGGGGGGAGGGGGGCCUGCCACACAUGGGUGUGCAGUUCGCCUCCCCAGAAUCGCCCAGCUUGUUCCGUUUCUCGACCCCCCUCCCCCUCACACCGGCCUUGAAGAGCCAAAUGGAAAGCUAGAAGUCGAUGCAUGGGAUGGUGGGCUUGAGAGCAUAGUGGCAGCAGCAGCAGCCAUGCCGCCUUCCCAGCAGGCCCAGUCAGCUUCAGGCAACAGCCACUCGGCCAAUAACCAACCCGCGUCAGGAUCACCUUCCCUGUCCCAGCAGUCUGCGGGCGACAGCAUCCUAAGUAUGGAGUCACACCAGUCCAUGAGCGAUUCUCUCCGCGCCCACCUCUCCGCGCUUCACGGCGAGGCGCGCCGACGGCUCCCCGCGGCCCUGGCGAGCGCGCAGGUCGCUUCUGUGUGUUUUGCUGCCGUGCUGGUGCUUGUGCUGUUGCCGCUGGGGCUGUGGAUCGGACGGCUGGGAAUGGGCGUCAAGAUGAUCUACGGCUUUUUGGCAUGGGUGAACGCGGCAGUGCGGCAGAUGUGGCCAGAGCUGCGCAAAGCAAGCACGGACAUGCUGAAGAGCAGUCUGAGGGGGCUGUUGGAGGGGUACCACUUCGGCAUCAUCACCGGCAUUGACGUGCGAUCCGUGGACCUGGGACCCGAUCCCCCCACCAUCACCGGGUACCAAUUGGGCAUCAUCACCGGCAUUGACGUGCGAUCCGUGGACCUGGGACCCGAUCCCCCCACCAUCACCGGGUACCAAUUGGGCAUCAUCACCGGCAUUGACGUGCGAUCCGUGGACCUGGGACCCGAUCCCCCCACCAUCACCGGGUACCAUUUGGGCAUCAUCACCGGCAUUGACGUGCGAUCCGUGGACCUGGGACCCGAUCCCCCCACCAUCACCGGGUACCAAUUGGGCAUCAUCACCGGCAUUGACGUGCGAUCCGUGGACCUGGGACCCGAUCCCCCCACCAUCACCGCUGUGCGGGUGCACAGGGGAGGGCCGGACAAUGGGCAGGCGCAGAGAGACAAGCAGCGCAGCAGAGCAGCACAGGAAGAGGGCUCCGCACAGGGGGGUGGAGAGGGAGGCGGAGGAAAGGGGGAGGCAGGAGUGGUAACAGUGGCAGAGGCGAAGGAACAGGCGGAAAGGCGGAUUCGUGGUGGUGCAGAGGCACAGGUGUUGGGGAAGGGGCAGGGGGAGGGGAUGGGGCAGAGGGAGGAGCAAGGGCAGGGGGAAGGGGAGGGGCAGGGGAAGGGAGAAGGAGAGGGGGAAGGAGUCUGGGAGGAGAAGAGGGGGAGGGCAGAGGCGAAGGAGCAAGGGCAGGGGGGCGAGGGAGAAGGCGAGGGGGAGGGGGGAGGAGGAGCAGAAGGAGGAGUAGCAGAGGAAGGAGUAGCAGAGGAAGGAGUAGCAGAGGAAGGAGUAGCAGAGGAAGGAGUAGCAGACGAGGUGAUAGCAGAGGUGGUAGUGGAGUGGGUGGAGGGGCGAGUGCAGCAGCGCAGCAUGCGGCUGAGAGUGCAGACCGCCAUGAGCCCAGAUGUGGACGUGCAAGUGAGCAGCAUCGCUGCUGCUGCCACCCUCAAACUCACCCUCAAACCGCUGCUGCCCCGCUUACCCGGGUUCGGCGCCGUGCUGCUCUCUCUGCUCAACCAGCCAUUCUUUGACUUCAAGGUGUCAGUGAUGGGAGGUAAUCUCAAGGCCAUGCCGGGAUUUGAAAAGAUGAUUGAGACGGUGCUGCGCCUGUCAAUCGACGAUUCCCUUGUGUGGCCCUCGCGAUGGGUGUACCCUGUCGUGGAGGGUGACUUCAGUUUCCUGGAGCUCAUCCCAGUGGGGUACCUAGACGUUUCACAGAUAGAGGCGGAGGGGCUCCCCAAGACAAACGUGCUGACAAGAGCUGCUGACCCGAUAUUACUCCAAACCUCCCCCUCCUUCUCACCUGCAUCCCCCGCCUUAUGUUCUCUGCACCAACACCUCCAGUUUCCUGGAGCUCACCCCAAUGGGUACCUAGACGUAUCACUGAUCGAGGCGGAGGAUCUGCCCAAGACGGACGUGCUGACAGGGCUGCAUGCCCUCCCUGCAUCACACACACAUCCCCUUGGUUCCCCCAGCUCUCCUCUCUUGUCUUCUCCCCCCUUGCUUCUGUCGUUUCCUCGACCUCACCCCAGUGGGUUUCCUGGAGCUCACACCAGUGGGGUAGCUAGACGUGUCGCUGAUAGAGGCGGAGGGGCUUUCGAAGACGGGUGUGCUGACCAGUGCUGCAGUCUCAUUUGCCUGGGUGCCGCCUCCUUCAUGCCCGCCUGUCCCCCUUCCUCCAGUUUCCUCGAGCUCACCCCAGUGGGGUACCUAGACGUGUCGCUGAUAGAGGCGGAGGGGUUGCCCAAGACAGACGUGCUGACAGGCGCUGCUGACCCGUUCGUGCUGCUGUAUGUGCGGCAGCGGGAGGGGGCCAUCAAGCGCAGCAGCACCGUUCACCACUCCCGCCACCCCACGUGGAAUGAGGGGUUUAUACUUGAGGUGGAGGACCCGGACUCACAGCAGCUGACGAUCCGACUAAUGGACAGCGAGCGGUUUGAGAAGUCGGAGUUCAUUGGAGCCCACAUGCUGCUGCUCCACACGCUCCCCUUUCUUUCCCCUACUCUCCCGUUUCCAUCACAGCUGCACCCCAACAAGGCACAAGACCUGUGGCUCGACCUGUACGAUAAGCCCGAGACUCAUGAGAGUGCGAGCACUCACGGGCGGGUGCAUGUGGUGGUGAUGUUUGUGCCGUACACGCAGCGAGAGGGGGGAGGGGAGAGUGCUGCAGAGGGGAAGGAGGGAGAAGUUAGUGCAGUUGGGGAGGAGAGAAGGAGUGAGGUGGAAGCAGAACAGAAAAGGCCGGACAGCAUAGGGGAUGGGGGAAGAGCAGGAGGUUAG